GAGAUGAGUAUGGUGCAACAUGCCAUCGCACUUCUCCGUCUGCUAGAAGCGUGACGACAGUGUGGAGCGUAACGUGGAGCUGAGGAGUGAAAAAUGGAAAGAAAAAAUGAAAAGAGUGAAGCCAAAGGCAAAGGAGGAAACAAAACUUCUCAGUCUGAGAAACCAGAGGACUUUUUACAGGUAGAAAGAGUACCGAAUUUCAGCCUACUUCCCAAGAAUGCAAAGCGAAGAGUUUAUGCCCUGAAGAGACUCCAACUCCAGAGUGCCAACAUUGAGGCCAAGUUUUACGAGGAAGUUCAUGAACUGGAGAGAAAGUACUCUGCGCUCUACCAGCCUAUCUUUAACAAGAGACGAGAGAUCGUGACGGGGGUCGUUGAACCCACAGAUGAGGAAUGCGAGUGGCAAAGUGACAAGGAGGAAGAGGAGCUUGCUGAGGAUUUGCAGAAGAAAGCUGCUCUGGAGGAGAAGCAGGCAGAUUCAGCCAGUGCCGUUGAUCUGAAAGGCAUCCCGGAAUUCUGGCUAACCAUCUUUAAACAUGUGGAUAUGCUGGGUGAAAUGCUGCAGGAGCAUGAUGAGCCAAUCCUGAAACACUUGCAGGACAUCUCUGUGAAAUUUUCUGAGCCUGGACAGCCAAUGAGUUUCACGUUAGAGUUCCAUUUCGAGCCCAACAGCUACUUCAGCAACACGAUCCUCACUAAAGUCUACAAGAUGAAAUCAGAGCCGGAUGCAGCAGAUCCGUUCUCUUUCGAGGGACCGGAGAUUGUGGACUGUGAAGGUUGUAAGAUUGACUGGCAAAAGGGCAAAGACGUGACAGUCAAAAUCAUUAAGAAGAAACAGAAACACAAAGGAAGAGGAACCGUUCGGACGGUCACCAAAGAGGUUCCACAAGAUUCCUUCUUCAACUUCUUCAGCCCUGUGAAAUCAUCACCCGAUGGAAUGGAUGAAGACUUGGACUUCACCCUAGCUACAGACUUUGAAAUCGGACAUUUUUUCAGAGAGAGAAUCAUCCCCAGAGCAGUGCUUUAUUUCACAGGAGAGGCCUUAGAAGAUGACGAGAGUUUUGAAGAGGAGGAUCUUGAAGAGGGAGAGGAAGAGGAUGAGGAAGGUGAAGAAGAGGAUGAUGAUGGAGAUUUUGAUCCCAAAGCAUAAUUCAUUUAUCACUUCAUGCAUUUCUAGAAAGACCCUCCACCUGCAGAGUGUAAACAACAGUAAGAGUCAUGAAUGGAACUGUCCUUGAAAUAGACAAUUAGGAGAUGACAACGUGAAUGCGGGCCUAACUUCCUUGUGGACUUGCCAUAGUCUGAACUAAUGCAAUAGAAAACCAAAUGCUGUUUAGGAAAUGCAUGUUCAUUUAUUGCUCUAUUGUUACGGUUUACUUUUUACAGAUGACCUCUGCACACAAACUCAGUGUUCUCAUAAGUCAUGUGAUACUUAAUGUGCCCCAAAAUUUAGUCCACAAUAUGGGAUGACGAAUACAGGACUACUACACAUUUCUUUGGACUAAAAACUUUUCUAUAUUCUAGAUGUUUGCCUAGAGCUGGUGUCUAAAAAUAUAUAUAGCAAAGUUUGCCACAUAUAUUUGAAUUCUUUGUCUAUGCACAACCUUUGCCAUUUUUAACAGCAUUACAGAAUCUUGGACACACUCCAUUUGAAACGAAUUCACAGGCGUUGUCCAACGUAGCAUCACUCAGGGUUUUUUUGCCAACUAAACUGUGAUCAUCUUAACCACAAACCUGCUUUACUGAUGACUUUGACUUUACUAAAAUGUCUGUUUUCAUUGUCAUAAUAUACAAAAAUGUUGGGUUUUGAUGUGGACAUUGCUUGCUCUACUCACUAGAAACAGACCUAUGUGGAUUGUGGUAAUGGAAUAGCUGUGUUGUCGCCAGGGUUGGGCAUAAUUGAAUUCCUGAUUCAUAACGUAUGUCCAUGCCUUGCACUUUGACAUGGGAUUUUAACCAUAUUUUAUUUCACCAUGUGAUUUAAGUGUUGAGUUGCGUGCAUUCAUGCACACAAUUGCAUAAAUGACAGUAUUGAGAAUGUUAACAAGCAGAUCUUAAAGCCAUUUCAGGUUUACCCUCCCUUUUAACUGUGUGCAAGCCAUAGCCUUAUCUGGAACUUCAUUGGUUUGUAAUGCAGCAUUGUAUCCAUUUUGUACAAAAUAGGCAAAAGACUAUUAAAUCUGUGCGACGUGAUGCCGCAAAGA